AUGAAACCUCCUCUUGGUAAGCCUCCUCCUCCCAACCAGCUUCGCCAUGAUCUUCAGGAACACCAAGUGCAUCAGCAGCAUCUCAGGCAUCAUCAACCUCAGCCACAACCCCUGAUCAAGCAGAAGAAAAACAAAUUACCACAGCAGCCUCAUACUCUCUACCAACAAAAGACUAUCCUCACUAGACCACAAAACCAAAGUACUCUCAGCCACCAGCAACCUCCCUCAAUAAAUAACCCAAUUCCUAACCAUCUAAAGCCACCAUUCACCCCUAUACGCAAACAAACCAACCCACCUACAGCUCUAAUACAAGACACUGCACUAAAAAUAACUCCAAAGAAACCAGCACCCCCAACCAUCCCCAAACCAACAAAACCAUCAACAUCAACAGCAUCAACAACCUUACUUACACAAGUCUACCCCCCUCCACUACCACCCUCCCUCAAUGGGAAAGCAUUCCCAUCACCCACCAUUAAACCUAUCCGAAGCAUAAGCAACACAAUCACUCCCUCUACCUCACCAAAGGAUCACUCACCUCACUCGCAUGAUACCACUCCAGAUCAUCUACAACCUACAAGUUCGCAGACUCAGCAAAUCAGGAACUUCAAUCCACUACUUUAUAGCUCCCCAGCACACCAGAUUGAUCGGCUCACGGAACAACUACAAUGGAAGGAUGAGAAUUUGGGCAAAGCACUGGACAUGUUCAAGGAGGAGAACAAGAUAAUCUCAGAAUUAAGGGAAGAAAUAGCUCAACUCAAAAUCCAGAAGGCUUCAUCAAUCAAUCACCAAAGCUACAUGAACACAAUUUCAAAGCUAUAA